AUGCAUCUAUCCGACCCUCUAUCCACGUCUCUCUUGUUCGGGCUGUUUGUCAUUGUUGCCGUCUUGCUCAGGGGUAAAAGCACCCAUCUCGGAUUCACACGCCUGGGCAAAUCGCGACUUUGGACCUUUUUCAGCUGGCAAAAGUCAACUCGCUUUGAUCUUCCUAAAUAUGCGAAGAUAGGAUACGAGAGGUUCAAUAAAGCGCUGGGAAAGCCCUUUGCUACGACGGUGUUCGGCCAUGAAUACGUCGUUCUUCCGUCAAAAUACCUUGAAGACAUCAAACGAGCGAGCCCAAAGAGCUUGAGCUUCUUCCAGGCCCUCAGUGAUGGGCUCAAUAUGGAGGCCUCUGUUGGCCAUCUCUACACCAGCACAACGGAGAUCGACGUCGUAGUAAAGCAUUUGAAUCCCCAACUCACGAAAUUGACCCCCCUUUUGGCCGAAGAGGCAGGUUUCGCGAUAGACAAGGAGAUAGGGGUAAAAUUCAAUGUUUCUAACAUUGUUGCUUCCAUUGUCCAUCGAACAACGAACCGGAUCCUCGUUGGCAAAGAGCUCUGUCGGGAUGAAGAGUAUCUCUCGAUCACAACCCGGUUCUCUCGAUCACUCUUCCUGCACGGUAUCUUCUGGAAUUUCAUCAAUCUGGGACCGCUACGGAAACUCGUCGCCAGGCUUACCAUUUGGUUCCAUCUCAGGGAUCGAGAUGCUGCUGCAAAGCUGCUUCUCCCCCAUAUACAUGCCCGUCUUCAGGAUAAAGAAGCGUCUUCUAAAUAUCAAGACGCCCUGCAAUGGACACUCGACACGCCACCUUCUUUCCCUGGGGACGAUGAGCCUCUGCACCAGGCAUAUCAUAUGCUUCACCUUACAUUUGCAGCGAGCAGCGCCUCCGGUGUAGGAGUUACGCAGUGUCUGAUCAACAUUCUCGCAUACCGCGAGCAUCUCGAGCCUAUCCGUCAGGAGAUUGCUACUGUCAUCGACAGACAUGGAGGAUGGACCGAUAAAGCCCUCUCGCAGAUGGCGUUAAUGGACAGUUUCAUCCGUGAGACCAUGAGAAUGCAUCCCGCUGGCUCUUUGACGGUGGCUCGAACAGUGAUGGACGAGCAGUUCAGAUUCCACGAUGGCCUGACUCUGCCCAGGGGCACGAACAUCAUUGCACCAGCUCUGGCUGUCCACUAUGACCCGGACAACUACGAAGACGCCCACCGAUUCGACGGAUUCAGGUUUGCCCGAUAUCGACAGAAACAAGGAGAAAGCCAUCGAUGGCUGGCAUCUACCAUCGACCAAAAAUUCCUUCAGUUUGGCUACGGCAACCAUGCCUGUCCAGGACGAUUCUACGCCGUCCGCAAGAUCAAGCUGGUUCUCGGAAAGCUCCUGAUGGGCUACGAUUUCGACUGGGCGCAGCCUCGUCCCGCUGGAGACCGUCCGGAGGAUUUUGCAAUUGAGGCCCAGAUGAUGGCGGCCCCGGAGACCGAGAUCUUGAUCCGCAGCAGAACUUAGAAUAGAAAUUAGCAUCAACUUAAAUGGCUAGUUAUUUAUGCAAAAAAGAAUUGUUGUAGUUUAUCUUCAAAAAAAAAAUUUGUGGCCAAAUGGAAGGACUUGAAACAAGGGUAACUUGGUUAAAAGGGGCUAAUUUUGAGUAUCAACGAAGGAUGCAGCCUAAAUAUCCAAAUCAUCUAGUUGACUGGAAACACGCCUCGACCAGGCAAAACAUCACUAAAUCCUCCAUAAGUAACCACUUUCUGGAGAUCUAAUCAAGUUAUGGAACCGGGAUCAUGCGGACUAGAGGAGCCGCCAGCGUAAAGGGCAGCGGAGACACCUCUCCCAUCUUCAGACGGACCAUGG